AUGUCCUCUCAAUUUGCUCAAGUGAUCCCGCGACAAGUCCGCGAGGACGUUGAGCAGGCACCACAAUACACUGGAUCUCCUUGGCAGCUUUUAGUAUACGAUAUCAAGCUUUUCUUUCGCAAUAUCUUAUACUUGCCCCUUAUGUUCUUUCCCUUGGCACCUUGGCCCUCUGGGCCGCUGGAUGAGCAGUACCCAUCGCUCACCAACAUCUUCGAGAUUUCCCUCCACUCAAUUCUGUUUGUGGCCCAACUUGGGUUCUUGAUCUCGCUGCCCCUGUUGGUUUAUCUCCCCGUUUCCAUGUUCGGGGCGUACAUAUCUGGGGUACUGCUGGUUAAUUUCGCGGUAUGUCGGCUUUUAAAUCGAGGUAUACCAGAGGACGGGCUCAAGUCGACAGAGGAUGAGUUUUCUCAAGGCUGGAAGCGCCAUGAUGAUGAGCGUUGGAUAUUUUUGAAUGGAAUAUGUGUCGGAAAGAAUUGGUUGCAGAGCAACGUUGAUCGACUUUCACGGACUUUCCACCGUCCGAUCGUCGGAGUUCACAACAAGACCUCCGGUGUUGUUUUCGACAUUGUCCAAUGUCUCAUUCAAAGAUCGCUUUUGUUCGCGACACCAGACGUGCGAGAGUGCUAUACAUUAGUCAAGAAGGCCCUCUAUGAACCAGGUGUCAAAAGAGUGGUCUUGAUCCUGCAUUCUCAAGGUGGCAUCGAGGGAGGCAUGAUCGUUGAUUGGCUUCUCAACGAGGUCCCACAAGAUCUGCUGCAAUAUCUGGAGAUCUAUACAUUCGGCAUCAUUGCCAACCACUUCAGCAACCCGUAUCGUGAUGUGUUCUCGCACACAAAGCAAGGAGGGUUGAUGGAGAAUGGCGAUUCGACCAGAAGGAGACACAAUCGAGCCAUCUCCCACAUUGAGCAUUACGCCAACAGCAACGAUUUCGCGAGCAGAUUCGGGGUUCUCCAUUUCAUCAAGCAAGCGCCAACACACCCACUCAAGAACAGGUUCAUGGGGAAGGUAUUCAUCAAUCCGAGAUCUGGACAUCAACUCAAUCAGCAUUAUCUCGACUCCAUGUUUCCGCUUGAUCCCACCAACCGCUUCACACGUGAACCUCAGACGGGUGACUUCAUGGACCUGAAGGUUUUCAUUGAAGGACAAAGCCCCCGGGGCGAGCCUUUGCAGCAUGACGAGAACUACAUGGUCUCUGCAAGAAGUCAGGUCAAAAAAGGCCUGCGAAUCUCCACAGCAGACACAGUUAAUGAAGCUGGUGUUUCAAACUUGAGCCCAGUACUUUCUCCGACGGAGUCCAGAGUUUGGAAAGAAGACGUGGAAAUUUCUCGGCCUCGGGCACCCUUCCAACUGAGAACUCGGGAUGUGAGCAGGUUAUGGCAGUAUCGCAACGGUGGUCGUCCGAUGUAG